CGCUUUGGAUCGGUGUGGUGGCAUUGGCGACGUGUAACGUAUUUUGCGAAGAAAGUGAGACUAGUACGAAAAUUUGGAACAACUGCUUUUCAUUGUAUUUUUGCGGUUGUUCCUGGAAAAAAAGUAAUAGCUGACAGCAGAGAAUCGCACUUUGAAACGAGUUUUGGUUUUCGCCUCCGUCGGUCUGGCAGCAGCCUCGGUCUGUUGUAACGAUGGCAAAUCCUGUCAAGAAAUUUUCCGAGGAGGCCGAGGCGGCCAUAUCUGUACUGAGGGCGCUUGUGUUAUCGAAAAAAGGAGCAUCCACAGUGAAAAGCAUUUUGAGUGAUUUUCGUGAACUGGAAGGAGGCCCUCUUAUGUAUAAAAAGUUUGGGUAUCCUAAUGCCGAUGAAUUUCUGAGGGCCAGCGGCGAAUUUGUCCUCCAAAGCAGAAUGGGAGAGACCGUAAUUUUCGUUAAACCCAGCAAGGAAUCAGCUCAUAUUCUAAAGAUGGUUGCUGCACAGAGAAAUACAAAAACUAGAAAAUCAGGGUUCGCAAUUCAGCGUCAACCGGAGAAGAGAAUGGGAGGGAACAACUGGAAUCCAAGUGCCUAUAACAAAAUGUAUUCUCAGAUGCCUUAUCAGACAAGUUUAUACACACAGAAAAAGUAUCCAUCGCAGCCACAUUACCAAUAUGCGCAACAGCAACAGCCCCGCUUUAAUUUUAAUCCUAACAACCCACUAAAGCAAGUAUUCCAGAAUAGUCCCAACAACAUGAAGUUUGGCAACAAUCGCAACUACAGUACUGUUCAAAACAAUUACACCAACAGUCAGCCAAAGCUAGUAAUACCGGUAAAGGUUGUAGCGCCCCAGUUCCCGCAAAAUGUCGCUCUAAACAAUCAACGGUACGGACUGCCUGAAGCAAACAAUAACAACUCAGCUGCUAAAAAUCUCAACAAAUCUCCGAUCAAGCCCAAGCAACAGACGCCGAUUUCAAACGAUCUCCGACCCAGACUAAAUGAUAAAGCUCUCAGUCCACAGCAAAUGGCAGCACCGCAACAAAGACAGCCAUCUUCUCACGAUCUGAAAAAUCGGCCUAAUCAACUAGAUCAGCAGACGAAUUCCGUUGGCAGACAAAUUCAACAGCGCAAUGAUCUCAACAGUAUGACCCCUUCAAAGCAGGAUGUAAUCGAUUCCAUUCAUCGAAUGGUAUGUGAAGCGGUGGGAAGUCAUCAGAACUACAAUGCUCCCGCUGUCGCUGUCCCUUCAGCUCAUACAUCACCCGUGGCACAGCCUACCCGCAGCGUCAACACUCGACUGCAGAUUACGAAAGUGGCACCUCCAUCACCUGUGCCGGAUCAAGAAACAGUUUCUCGGGCAGCGUACAAUUCAAACGGUGCCCUUCCGACGCGACAGGAGUUCACAUCUCCACCACAACCGUUGAUUCAUCCCCUGCUCAUCACACCACCACCCACCCCCACCGUUCCGUUGCCAACGUUACCCGGUCAGAAAACUUUGCAGGAUCGACUCAAGAUUAACCAACAAGUGGACAGUUCGGAUUUGGAAAAAGUUUCGAAGCUGGUAACGCCACAGUCGCCACCACCGAAGACAACGGAUUCAGACUUUAAAACUCCAGUAUCGCCACUGUUGCCUCCAGUAUCAGCCAUUCCAGCGCGCACGAAAGAGUCCUUCUCGUGGAACCAACUGCAGGCUACGCCCAUUGAAAUGUUAUGCUCGUACGCAAAGCACAAUGGAUUCGACCGGCCCAUAUACAAGUAUUACAAACUGAAGAACAAGCGCGUGCAGUGUCGAGUUACGAUAAACGGAUCGACAUACUCGACCUACCCGAACGAUUAUGCCAACGAGUUCGAGGGACAGUUUGCUGCCGCACAGAAUGCCAUCGAGAGCAUCAAACGUGACGAGGAACGCAACAACUACUCGGUCUGUCUGAAUUCGGACUUUGAGAUCGCCAGCAAGAUAUUCGAUCUGUUGCUUUCCUGUCCGCAUGGAAUGUUUAGCCGAAACAUACCGGAUGCGUUCAGAAAUGCCCAUCAGGCCCUACUGCCGGAUCACUGGGAAACGAUCAUACUCUCCCAUGCACACAUGUUUUCGAAAGAGGAAGCCCAGGGCAAUACGAUUAUGUUCGCUAACAUUCGGGAGGAUAACGGUUCCAACGGAUCCGUCGUGUCCAAUACUAGCGAAGCCAAGUUCAUGUUGACCAACGUGCUUGUCCUGCCUUGGGAGGAAAAAUACUGGAACCUUUUUAUUACGAAUCCUGCUUCAACGGUCGAGAUUUGGGCACGCCUGGUUGGUCAACAGUACAGUGACGCCAUGGAUGCGCUGAUUACCGAUAUUGAACUGUCCAUGAUGGAUGAAAGCAAACCGAAAGCGAAGACGAUAACCGUUGGGGAAUAUUAUCUGGUGUUUACGAAUGACUGCUGGUUCCGUGUUCGAGCUGAGGAACUGGAUUUCGAAAAUAACAUUUGUGUCUGCUUUUACGUCGAUCUCGGUGAAUGGGAGAGAGUAUCGAUGGAUAAGAUUUACCCGUGCGAUGCAAAGUAUCUCAAACUUCCGGCACAGUCUGUCUGCUUUACACUGUCUGGUCUAGAAGAUUUCGGAGACAAUCCAAAGGCAAAGCCGCAUAUCGAUAAUCUCAUCUGUGGAAAGGUUUGCAUCGCCGAGGUACUAACCAAGCAGGACGAGUACGAAAAGGAAAGCGCUACCGGGGACGCUCGGAUUCAGAUCAUUCUGUACGAUACUUCGUCGGAAGAGGAUGUCAAUAUGAACUCGAUUAUACUCAAGCAGGUGUGCGAGGACACACCGGUACCGGAGCUGAAUCGAAAAAGUUGGAAUUCAGUAGUUAUAACGUUCGUGAAUGAGGUGGGCGAUCUGUACUGUCAGUUAAAGGAUGCGGCCAUGGUUUACAUACAAAAACUUAUCACCAACCUCGUUCUGUCCAAAGCAUUAGAAGGCAAACAUUGUGGUCUGUACAAAUCAAAGUCUGCUGCAGGACAGCAGCUGUAUUUGGUGCAGGAUAGUAAGGACAUGAAAUGGUACCGUGCAUCUUUGUUAGCCGAAGAGUCCGGUUCGAUCUGCAGAAUGUUGUUUGUUGACACGGGCGUCAAAAAGUCCGUUAAUGUGUCGAACGUCUACCAGCUGGAAACUCUGAGUGUUGCUCUGAGUCGUUAUCCACCGCAGGCCAUUCGGAUGAAGAUGUUUGAUAUUCCAGAAAUUAAUGACCUUCUACUAAGUCGGCUCCGAGCACUAUUGAAACCAGGACUAACGGCAAUGGUUAAGGUGGUUGCCUAUUCAACAAUUCCACUGGUAAAAGUGUACAUGCAUGCAGAACCGAACAACCUCUUGGUUUGCAUAAACGAGAGUAUUCGUACGGAGAUCGAACUGGAGAUGAAUUCGGAAGUGAUUAGCGAUCCGCGUUUCACCGCAAACGAAAGUAGUUGUUCUUCAUCAGUGAGUUCCGCUAAAUUGAACAUGAGUUUUACUUCAGACUAUUCGAUUACGAGCCAGGAAGCGACCGAUCUAUCCCGACACUUCAGUGAGUUAAACAUUGAGCAGCCGAAAGUGAGCAGCAGUCCAAUCCCGUCGCAGGUGGUGCCGAAGUUGGCGAAAUACAAACUGCCAGCCGUUGGUGAACUGUUCAACGUGUACGUCACGAUUGCAUCGAGCCCGAACUAUUUCAUCGUUCAGCCGCAUAGCGAUGCCUUGAAGCUGCAAAGGCUGAUGGUGGAUCUGCAAAAGUACUGUAUGAGUGAAGCACUAACCGUUCCGAAGGACAGCGUCCGGCAGGGGGAAGCGUAUGCCGGACUGAAUAGCGACGAUGGACAUUGGUACAGGGUCUUGGUGGUGAACAUCCUUUGCGGGCCAUCGUUGAUUCAUGUUUAUUUCUGCGAUUUCGGUCAGAUCCGAAUCAUGGACAACGAUUUGCUUCGAAUUCUGCCACAGGAACUGCGCGAGCUUCCCCAGCAAGCAGUGAAGGCUAAAUUGUAUGGAGUCCAACCGAUUAAUGGUGACUGGACUACUCACGAUGCGGUUCGCUUCCAACAGCUCACGGUUGAAAAACUGUUCGCCAGCCAGAUACGCAGCAUUCAGGCUGACGAGUUCAAUCCGAAUGACGAUAUAGUUGAGCUGACGUUAACUGACGUUUCCACCGACGAGGAUACCAUCAUUCAUCAGGUGCUGGUCAGCGAGAAGAGAGCCGUGUACACCGAUAAGUAAGUUAAGCAAUAAAAACGGUGAAGUUAUUCUAAUCACCUUCGACGAUUAUGCGAUACGUUGCACUUGCUAGCUUAAGUGACAAUCGAUAAUGCACCAUCAGAAAUGGUUUAAACACUACAUUUCUAUACUGCGUGGUUUGCUAAACAAGUUGAAAUGAGUAGACUGAAUUCGAACGAUAGCGAUAUCGACAAUUAUCGCUGCCUGUUACCUUAACACUAGGUAGACGAAUGAAACUUUUAUGAGAUUUUUAUCCUAUUAACUCUAUAUAUAAAAUAUAACCAAAGCUUAUGAAGCGAAUUGCUUGGAUUGAAACAAUUGAAUAUUCAUGAAAGCAAUGAACAAAAUCCAUUCCAUUAGAUUAUAUAUCCCGAACGAUUUCUAACCAACCUUACCGAUAGAAACAAUUAUGUAUAGCUAGAAAGACUAAUUCACUACACUCGAUUGCCAAACUAUUGUCUAGAUAAAUGUCGAUGGAAAAACGAUAACAAUUAAUAUGUACCUAAUCACUGUAGAAGCAUAAUCUGGAAACUGAAUGUGAUUAAUCGAUGAUAAUAGAAAAAGAAAACUAGGUUAAAAGACUGCGGAACGUCGAAUACAGUAUAUGUACUGCAGUAAAACAAGUGCUCUUACGGGUGUUGGUGAGUCAAACGCAAUAAAGGGGCUUAAUAGAGUAUAAGCUCUACAUCGAUAUAUUUAUUUAUCUGUACUAGUACGCCCUUUUCCUAGUUUGUUAUUUAUUCACGCUGUCUUAUAUUUAUUUUUAAUAUUACUAAGAAUGAAGAGUUUUUUUUUAAAUAUUUACAUUUUUGUCCCUGCCAGUGCACUACACCCUCUUUUCUUGAACUCAAAAGAUUAGUGUUUUGUGAAGGAUCGUUUUAUUUAUUGGGGCUUUUUAUCGAAACGUGAUACAGUUCAUCGCCAAUAUUAUUGGAUUAUAGUAUAAAAUAUAAAAAAAAAUAUAUUUAUUCAACGGCAGAUGUGCCGUUUUAUAUAGCUAUUUUUCAUGUUGUUGAACAAAUUUAUACAGAUCUUAUCGAAACGAAUAAUUCGAAAAUACAUCUUACUACAGUGUGUUUUUGAAAACAUUAUAAUCAAUAUUUUUGCAUGGUUAUAUCCACUGAAACGGAAUAAAAAGAAUAGCGCGCCAUUGCGCUACUGUUAAAAA